UUUUUUAUCACUUCAAAAACGCGGUACGACAAUUAUGCUCGCAAAUAUUUCCUUCAGGUCCCACUUUCUCUCUCUCCUCCGCGUAAGUAUAUUUUCGCCGGCCGUUCGUAACGGUCAUAUUUGCCGGUAUCUUUCUCUCUCUAAAAACUACUAAGCAAUAAUCUCUACUCAUUAAUACACCCAUUAUUAAUUCAGUUGUAGUAGUAAUCUUCGUAUUUUGCACUCAUAAUUACUCUAUAAAUUUCAGCCGAAUUUUUUGAGAAUUAGGGUUUUGAAAGAGAGUCAUAAUAAUUAUGUGAAGAGAAUUGUGAGAGAGUAGCAAUGGUGACAAAGCUGAAUUACCAGAAUAAUCCUAAAAGACCACCAUUGUUACCUUCAGAAGCUGAGAAUAAUGGACCACAACCUUCUAGAAGAUUACCGAAAUCUAGAGAAAUUACUUCACGUUACCUUUCAACUUCUUCUUCAUCUUCUAUCUCAACGACGUCGUCUUCAAACACUUCAACUAGUACUACUUACUCUUCGUCUUCCAAUCGUAGUUCAUCACCGAUGCUGACUAGGAUUCCGGUUCGAACACCGGUUCGGGAUUCCGUUUCGGUUAAAAGGUCACAAUCGGUUGACCGGCGACGACCGAUGACGCCGGUUCAGAAUUCCGGUUCAGUUAAGCAGGUAUUAAUGAAUUCGAGUAGUAGGAGUUUAUCUGUAUCGUUUCAAGGUGAGUCUAUUUCUAUACCUGUAAAUAAGGCAAAGCCUGCUCCGGCGACUGGUAGUGUAAGGAAAGGUACGCCGGAGAGGAAGAAAAUGACGUCGGAUUUUGUUACACCGGAGAGGAGUAAAGUUGCGGUGGAUUUGAGAACUCCGGUGAGAGAUCGGAGUGAUAGUAUGAAGACGAGUGAUCAACAUAGGUGGCCAGGUAGGUCAAAGUCAUUGAAUUCGAGUUUUUUGACACGAAGUAUGGAUUGUGGUAGUAUUGAUAAACCUAAAUUUGACAAGCCCAAAUUUGGAUCCGGAAGUGUUACUAAUUCAUCAAUGAAGAAGUCGGUGAUUGAUAUAUAUCAUAGAGCUAGAAUUGAAGCUAAAUUGAAACCUCAAACUGAUGAUGAUGAGCUAGCAUUGGCUUCAGAUAGUGAAAGUGUCUCUUCAGGGAAUACUUCAGGAACUCAUAAACUUCAAAUCCUGGAUCCGGCUCUGGGUCCGAAUGUACCUCAAGGACGAGCAGGUCCCCGUGGUAUAGUUGUGCCUGCUAGGUUUUGGCAAGAGACGAAUAACAGGAUUAGACGAGGGCCAGAACGUUGUUCGUCUGUGGAGAAAAAUGGUAAUCUGAAAGCAGUGGGAAAUAAGAAGUUUCUGAUUGAUAGCAGCCCUAAAACAGCACCUCGGGGUAUCCCACCUUCUAGAGGUUUAGUGUCUCCUCUUCGAGGGGGUUUAAGACCAGCGUCGCCAAAUAAGGCAUUGGUACCGCCAUCUGUUAAUUCUCCUUUAAGAGGGAUGCCAAGUCCUACAAGAACAAGAAAUGGUGCUGUGGGUUCGAUAUCUAAUAGGGAUAAUUCAUGUAUCAUGCCCUCAGUUUUGAGUUUUGCUGCUGAUGCAAGAAGAGGGAGGGUUGGGGAAAACCGGAUAGUUGAUGCACAUGAAUUAAGGCUUCUAUAUAAUCGGCACCAGCAAUGGCGAUUCGUCAAUGCGCGAGCAGAAGCUGCUCUAAGGGCACAGACAACAACAGCAGAGAGGAACCUGUACAAUGCUUGGUUAACUACUUUAAAAUUGCGGCAUUCUGUGAAGUCCAAAAGAGUUCAGCUGCAGCUGCUGCGGCAAAAUGUGAAGCUGCAUUCCGUCCUCAAAGGACAAGGGCCAUGUUUGGAAAAUUGGAGUAUGAUUGAUGGAGAGCAUUGCAAUUCAUUAUCAGGGGCCAUAUGUGCUUUGGAAGCCAGCACUAUCCGUCUCCCUGUUGUUGAAGGAGCUAGGGCAGAAGUUCAAAAUGUGAAAGAUGCUAUUUCUUCAGCCGUUGAUGUGAUGCAGGCGAUGGGUUCCUCAAUGUGUUCUUUGCUGCCGAGGGUAGAGCGGGUGGAUUUGAUGGUAUAUGAGCUUGCAGAUGUAGAGGCUAACGAGCGUGCUUUACUUGACCAAUGUAAAGAUCUCUUGUCAUCAAUGACGGCUCUACAGGUGAAGGAAUGUAGCCUGAGGACACAUUUAUUACAAUUAAAAGACCCGGUUUCUUGCUCAACAACGUAAGUGUAAAGCUGAUCUUUUUUUGACUGCUUAACGGAAAUGCUAACAUCAAAGGAGCUCUUCUUAACCAAACAAAGUGAUGGUGAUAUGACAAAUUGGUUUCUUUUGUAGCUAGAGUUACCUGAUUCAGGCUUGUGUAAUGCUGCUGCAAUUGCAUUUUGUAUGCAUCAUGAGUAGGAAAUUGCUGCUUUUAUGUUUCAUAGCAGCUUAUAUCUUUUGGUUUAUAGCUGAAACAUUUACAUAUGUAUAUAUACAUAUAUGUGUCCAUCGUUACAAAGUAUCCCAUCUUUUAUAAGUUCUGGAUGAAGUAGUAAAUGGUAAUUCUUUGCA